UUGAUUUUGAAAGAAGUGCGCGAUAUUGUGGAUUAUCAACUUGUUCGUUUCUCGGUCAGCCUGCAAUCAAAAUAGAAGAUGUUGGUUCGUGUUUAGUGGAGAUUUAAAAUAGUAUGAACUGUAUAUGAAGGUUUACCUAUUUCUGCAUUCUACUUCCAUCUCGCGGGACUAGUCACUGAAUUUGGAACAAUGAACAUGAGCAAGUUAUCUCUUGUGGCAAGGUAUGACGACCUUGUGAGAAACACAUCUGUCCUCACCCAAGGAAUCGAGGGCGACAUCAUCCAGUUUGUCAAACAUCAGGAGCUAUGCAGGUCGCGGUGGCUGUCGUGCGAGACGGAGGUCGAGAAAAUCAAGUCCAUGCUGCGCCGCCAGGAAGCUGAGAACUCGUCGCUCGAACUGAAACUGAAGCACGCGCGCCAACAGAUCGAGAGUGAAAUGAACAAACGGAUGCGCGUCGAGUCCGACAAGGACACGCUCGAUCGCCAGAUGGGCCUCAUCGGGCAGAUCAUGAACGACAACAAGAACAAGUCGAUGCUGACAGCGCAAGAUCGCGAGCGUCUCAGCUUCCUCAACAGCGUCAACUACACGGCCGAGCGCACGACGCCCAAGGGCAACCUCGGUACUAUCGACGAAACAGGCAGCCUGCUGUCGGUGUCCGACUGCGACAUGACGGAGGAGAGCGCCGACGGGGAGACGUUGCUGCGCAGCGGCCGCCGCGUCUCACUCUGGCGGAACUCGCCGGCGAGUCGCAAGAAGCGCAGCGUGCCAAGCGCGCCGACGAUGGACGACCUCAACGACACGCCACCGAAGAAGCGCAAGAGCGACGACGGCGACGCCGUGAGCGUGCACCACAACUCGAUCGUCGCCACGACGACGGUCACCGUGCCCGAGACGGGCCCGAUCCGCGCCGUCUCGGAGAUCAAGGCCGGCGCGGCGGCGAAUCGCAUGAACCGGAGUUUCAGCGAGCCGGGUCCGCUCGCGAAGCUGGCCGAACCGGAGACGUUGGACGAGGCGGACUCGGACGACUCGUUCUGGGGGUCGGGUCGGACGCGCGCGGCGACGACGGGUAUGCAUGCGUUCCGACGCUCACCCGGGAUGCAGCGCUGGAACUCGGCCGGCAAGGGUCUCAACAAGCAGCACGCGUUCGUCACGAAGACGAUCAUCAAGCCGGAGACGUGCACGCCGUGCGGCAAGCGCAUCAAGUUCGGCAAGGUGGCGCUGAAGUGCAAGGACUGCAAGGCGACGUGCCACCAGGACUGCAAGGACCAGGUGCCGCUGCCGUGCGUAUCCAUCGUCGGAACCCCAACCUCCGUGACGACGGUCGGGUUCGUCGCCGACUUCGCGCCGCCCUACCCUCCGUACAUCCCCGCACUCAUCGUCCACUGCGUGAAGGAGGUCGAGCGGCGAGGCCUCAACGAGGUCGGCAUCUACCGGGUGCCCGGCUCGGAGCGGGAGGUGAGGGAGCUGAAGGACACGUUCCUGCGCGGGAGGGGCAUGCCGAAUCUCUCGCGCAUCGUCGACAUCCACGUCGUCUGCGGUACGAUCAAGCUCUUCUUGCGCACGCUCAAGGAACCGCUCGUCACGCACAAGCUGUGGAGUGCUUUCGUGCAGGCGGCCGAGCGCGAGAGCAUCCACCACCUCUACAACGUGAUCGACUCGCUGCCCGAAGCGAACAGGGACACGAUGGCGUACGUCGUCCUGCACCUGCAGAAAGUCGCGAGCUGCCGCGAGACGAAGAUGUCGACGGAUAAUUUAUCGAAGGUGUUCGGGCCGACGCUGGUCGGCUACAGCGGCCCCGACGUCAACCUGAACAUGAUGAGCGACGAGACGUGCAAGCAGUUUGCUGUCGUGCAGGCGCUCAUGGAGCUGCCGGGAAACUACUGGGAUCAGUUCGUGCACGGAUGCGACGCCGAGGCCCCGGCUGAGACGAAUGCCGGCGGCGCCAAGACGCCGCACACGCCCGAAGCGCGAUCGGUGACCCACCUCAACAGCAUGCUGGGGCCCGUUGAGACGCCUAGAAUGACACCGAGCAAGUCCACCGGCACCCUGUCGCAGCGUGCCAAGUCUGUGUUCGGUAGAACUCCGAACACGGGCAAAUAUUCGGUGAAGCACGGAAAGACACCGAAGCAGCAGUACUUUGCUUCGCCGGUCCUGAAGUGAGGCGGUGUGUCAGUAGUCGUGCGUGGCUGCUUUUUAUUUUCUUGCUUGCGAUUCCCCUGCACGAGUGUAUAUAUAUUCAAAUCUACUUACUUUGAACUUUUUAAUGAAUAUCACCAAGAGCAGAUAAAGAAGGAGAGCGUACAAGGGUAAAAUGCUGAAACCAUGCUGCAGUAUUAGUCGAAUUAAUAAA